CGCGCCGCCCUCCCGCCGCUGAUGCAAUCGGAGCCCGCGAGCGGCGGCAACGGCCACGGCGGCAAACGGCAGCGGAUCGGCCGGCCGGGAGUCCGCCCAGCGCCCCGCCGCCGCCGGGGAACCGGGGAGCCGGAGGAGAGGGCUCCGGCAGCAGCAGCGCUGCCCGCCACCAGCGGCGGCCCGUCGGGGGGGAGCCCGCUCCGCCGCCGGGGAAAUACCCGGCGUUUGCCAGCAUGAUGAAGGGCUGUCAGGAGGAGUGCACAGCUGGAGGAUGUUUGGGAGAAACAGCAAAGCAUGUGACCGAAUCUUUCAAGGCUUCAGACUUGAUUAUCACCCCAGCUACAACUUUCAAGGAAAAACCAGACCCCAAUGGUUUGGUAUUUGGAACUGUGUUCACUGAUAAUAUGCUGACAAUUGAAUGGUCCUUGGCUUCAGGAUGGGAGAAACCUUAUAUUAAGCCUCUUGGGAACCUUUCAUUGCAUCCAGCCUCCUCGUCUCUGCACUAUGCUAUAGAAUUGUUUGAAGGCAUGAAGGCUUACCGAGGAGUGGAUGGCAAAAUCCGCCUGUUCCGGCCAACUCUCAACAUGGACAGGAUGGCACGGUCAGCAAUACGAGCAGCUCUGCCACGUUUUGACCAGAAUGAGCUGUUAGAGUGCAUCCGGAAGCUCGUGGAAGUGGAAAAGGAAUGGGUCCCAUACUCAACCGCUGCCAGCCUGUAUAUCCGUCCUACCCUAAUUGGAACUGAGCCCUCCCUUGGAGUGAAGAAGCCAACUAAAGCCCUGCUGUAUGUCAUAAUGAGCCCUGUGGGCCCUUACUUUGCAAGUGGAAGCUUUAAUCCAAUAUCCUUAUGGGCAGAUCCAAAAUAUGUAAGAGCCUGGAAAGGAGGAACAGGAGACUGCAAACUGGGAGGGAAUUAUGGUUCCUCUAUUUAUGCCCAGCAAGAAGCCAUGGAGUUAGGUUGCCAGCAGGUUUUGUGGCUCUAUGGAGAAGAUCACCAAAUAACUGAAGUUGGAACAAUGAAUCUGUUUCUCUACUGGAUAAAUGAAGAUGGAGAAAAUGAACUAGCAACCCCACCCUUAGAUGGCAUCAUCCUUCCAGGAGUGACAAGACAAAGCAUUUUGGAUCUGGCACGCAACUGGGGAGAAUUUAAAGUGUCUGAGCGAUACAUCACCAUGAGUGACCUGACAACUGCCUUGGAAGAGAACAGAGUAAAGGAGAUGUUUGGUGCUGGAACAGCUUGUAUUGUGUGUCCCAUCUCUAAAAUUUUAUAUAAGGGCAAGCAUUUGCACAUUCCAACUAUGGAGAAUGGACCUCAGAUAACAUCCCGUUUCCUGAAUAAGCUGAGUGAUAUCCAGUAUGGAAGAGAAGACAGUGAUUGGGCAGUGCUGGUAUCGUGAAGGUGGAAGAGUUCAGACCCUUCAGACAGAACAGACAUGACUAAUAACUUCUGUAGCUGCCUGUGCAUAGCGUAGUUUCUGUAUCAGUUUGCUCCCCAGGAUGAUUGUUUCCACAAUCUGGUGAAUGUGAACACAAUCAUUUUGAUUUCUACUGUAAUCCUGUUAGUAGAAGCCCAUCUUCUUGGUAGAGGUGCUAAAUGUUAGCAAUACAACUUUCCUGAUGACCUUUCUUAGUGCCUCCUUGUGUCUUCUGUACAGUCUGAAAACUUGUAAAAUGCUCUUCAACUGCUCUUCAGUUUGUUGGGUUUGUUUUAACUGCCAUUCCCAUUGUCACAUAACACAAAGAUGUUGCCUGUUAGUUGGCCACAGGGUUCUAUUGACAUUAUUCUGCCUUUUUCUCUGCGUCGGGAAAACACUGAAGUUUAGCCAUAUGCUCUUUCCUUUUCAUACUCUGCUUGUGUGGGAGAUUUCCUGAGUUUGCACAGCCCUCUAGGUCCCCUGGUGCAUACUGUGUCAAAUAACACCUCUGUCCUGUAGGCCAAAAUUCUCCCGAGUCUAUCUAACCUGCAGCAGGCUCCCCAUCAGGCUAUUGCCUUUCCUUCCGAGGGGAUACACUGUGGCUGCUUGGGCAGUGCAUACCUCUCUCGUAGUUUAAUGCAUCCUUCCACAUGUGAUUUACAGGGCUGGGCCAGGCCCUGCUCAGACAAGAAUCCCCCUUUUGUCUGACCUAGCACAGAGCUGGGCGCUGCCAACGCAGCAUUGCCUUCCCAGUGAAUGUCUAGAAAAUAAGAUUAGACAUCUGUGGCUGUGAAAGCUGAACCACUUUUCAGGGCAACCCAGCCUUUGGACUGAGGAAUUUCUUUCACCAUCCAGUCAACGUAAUUUAGAUCAGCAAAAUGUUUUCCUUGUCCCCUUCACCGCUUGCUAUGAAAUGUAUCCAGCCUCCAUUGACACACAUGUACCUUAACAGGACCUUCCUAUUAAGGAACAAGCGAUGCCUAGCACAAGAAGGAAAGAGAUUUCACUCAAAACCCCCAUUUUGUUCUGAUUAAGCACAUGCUUCUUCACAUACUGCUACUCUCUCACACGCAGUCUUAAUACAAUUUGGGAGCAACAUAGAGUGUGUAAUCCCAUAGUUAGGGAAAUAACUUCUGCAAAUGUUUGCUAACAAUUAUAUUGUAAUAUUUAUUAGCUUUCUCCUUUUGCACACAGCUUUGUUGAACAGCUUUAAGAUAUCUCUUGCCAAAAAGGAUCACCGUGUUUUAUAUCAGUAUUCCAAAGUGCUGCUUCAGUGUAAAACUGUUGGAACUUUAUUGACACUAAUGGAGUCCUGUAAGAAGUAAAAGCGAAACAUUUAUUGCCACAAUUUGCAGUAGGAGAUGCACCAGUAUUAAGGGAAAGUUUUAGCACUUUAUUUUUUUUUAAGACCCAACAAUAUCUCUCCCAUGCAUUAUAAAUCCUUUGUAGUUACUGACAUUCGUUAGCGUUUUAAAACAUUUUAACAGUUUAAAAAGGCAAAAUGUGAUUUCUAACAGACCAUCCAUGCCUUAUGCAACUGCUAAAAAGUAGCCUUACGGCUUUCCUGUCCAUUUUUGGUCAGAUUUUAAAGACAACCCCUACUUACCCAUCCCUUUCUUUUGCUCCCUCAAAUCAUAACUUUUCCUGUCUUUCUCUGCAGUCCGAUCUGAUCUUUUAAUGAAGAACAGUUGAAGGUUCUCUCUGACAAUGUAACCAUUGUUAAAAUGUGUUAGGUGGUUUUCUCUUUAGAAUACAACUGCAAGCACAAAAUGUUGUUUUGCUGACAGUAGCCAUAGUACUCUGUGUGUCUGCUUUUCUGACCAUUUGAAUCUAUAUCGUGUCCUGGUCUUUGUUCAGUGCUGCUGGUAGUCUUUCUUUUUUAUUUAAUUAUCUGGGUGGGGAAAUUAACGUGGGGAAUAUGUCAAGAUACAACAUGGGGUAGAGGGUUUUAUCCAAUGAGACUAGUAUCGUAACUAAAGAGUGCCUUUAACUAGAGUGUGGCAUGGAUCGCUCUGUAGAUCAUGUAAUGAACAACCACAUGUGGCUUCCUGGUACUGAACUAUCUAAUCUGUCCCCUUGUGUUCAUUUUAGACUUAGCAGCAAAAGGAAAAGUGGAAAUAUCUCAUUGCAGAUGAGUGGCAAAGCGGUUGUACGAUACCUUAACAUCUCAGGAUGAUGAUAGAGAUGACAGGUAUCCUAUAUCAAAAAUCCCCACAAAGGCAUCAAUAUACCAGCAGGAAUCUAUUCGCUAGUCAGAAUGAAUAAGGACUGGUUAGUAGAAUUAUUUUACUGUGGUGUAAACCUAAAAGUUGUGUAAAACUCCCCUUAAAUUGGAUGUAAGUAAUUUAAUGUGGGGAAACGAGGUGUUUCGUUUAUUGUGGUUUGCACCAUUUCCUGCAGUGACCAGAGAGACACCUUUCCUUUUACUGCACAUUUUGAGCUGAUGGAGACUUCAGAAUGAGGAGAGUUGAAACUGGUGUUUCCCACCCAGACCCACAGAAAUGCACAGACUUUUCUGGAAGAGAAAAAUGAGAAUAUGUAGUGUGUGUAUGUUAACUGUUGUCUUUAACAUCCUGGUUAAUUGCUUUACUUCGACUGUGUCAACUCAAAGUUGUGCUUGUUUCCUAAUGGGAUCCAGGUGAGUAGGUUCUAGAUUUUAAACUUUAAAACUUAAAUAAGGGAGCUGGUGGAUCAGUAUAAUACAGGAAAUUCUUCUGGUGUUGCAUGCUGUCCUACCCUGUAUUUUGCCACUGCUUUUUUAUCCUGUUAACCAAAGGAGAGAAAUAAUAUGUGUAAAUAAUAGUGAGUAUUUGGUAUUGCAUUCUUCCUAUUUUUGCCUGUAAGAUUUAGGAGGGAACUGUGGUAUUCCCUGAGCUAAUAAUAGAUUGUAAAAGAACAUCUGCACAUCUUUUCUCCAUGUGCCCUAUUUGUUUAAUUGCAAGAGAUUUACAUAGAAAGAGUAUGGUACAUCAUAACUAGGCAAUUAUCUAUUCUUCAUCACUUAGUUAUGGUUCUGCUAAUUGAUCAUUUAAGACAUAAGAUACACUAGCAUUAGGAGAAUUUGAGACUGUUCAAAAAAGAUCAACAAAUUAAUAUUGUUGUGUGAUAUUUGCAUAAUUGGCUGCAAUUAUUUAAUGUUUAAUUGGGUUGAUCAAAUGAGAUUCAGCCUUUCACAUGCUUAUGUUUUACAAACACUGGUACUUUAAAAUGAUAAUAACGAACUCUCAUUUUCGUAUGUUCUUUCUUCUCCCCUUCAUUCUUUUGAUUAUUAUUUUCAGUAUUGAGCAUGUCCUUAAUUUUCAGUUUGGUGAGCAUGAUUCAUGCCUGGGAAAGAAGUCCUUUAAAUGAGAGAACUUUUCAUGAAAUUAGUACUUCAUACAAGCCGUCCUGAUGCCAAGAGUUAUGGCUUCAGUAACUGGCAUUACUUAACUAGAUUCUUAACUGCAAGGGGGGCCAAUUCGCUGAGGAUACAUAGUGACAGACUCUGGUGAGAAUGCUAAUAAAGGUUCCUGCUUAGGGUAGAUGAUCUGGUUUGUAGUAGUGCAAGGCAAACGUGAUUUUUCUUGGGUAUAAAGGGGAAGUCUGAUAAGACCAAAGCAAGAUCGUGAGAGAUGUCUCUGCCCAGCCAUUGUUUACACCUGUUCAACUAUCUCAAGCCAAAAAGCAGUUGUCCUCCACUCCUCCAGAUAAGCUCUUGUUCAAGGUUUACCUAAUUCAUUGAUCCCUUCUACAUACUUAUUUUAUACUUAUUUUUCCUUAAGCAUGAAGAGUGGUGAUUUGGAAAAAUGUGAUAUUUGAAAGAGUCAUUUGGAGUGCAAGUUAUUUGAAAUGUCUGUCUAAUACAUGGUCUUCCAAGGAGGUAGACAGAAAAACAGCUGGGACUGGUCUCAGAGCCACCUAAUUAGAGGAGGAACCCUCUCAAAUUCAGUGGCCUCUCCAAAACAAUCUGCAUAAUCUCAACAGAUUGCUUAGUGUGAACUGUCUUGAUAGUGCCUCCCUAUGAAAUAGAACAGAGAGAUGGCAGCACAGCCUGCCAGGGUAUGGCACGUUGGCACUCUCUGUGUGAGAAUCACCCUGCUGAUUGUAAGUUUUAAUGUCAUAGUGGCAUGCUCGUAUACUGAGAGGUGGGCAAGUGUAAAUGAUGGCUGAGCGUGCCCUGAGCUGGGCCAUUCCUGACCGUCUUUCUUUCCUUUACACAGGGUCUUGAAACACCUUUUCCCCCGCCUCUUAUCAUGAUGCCACUAAGUCUCCUAUUUAAAAUUGACCAUUUAAGCAAAUUUUGCAUCCUUUUUGCUUUUAGCUGUAGUGACAGUUAGAAAAAAAAUAAAAAAGUGUUUUGUUCAUCUUGAAGGUUUCAGGGAUCAGAAUUGCACUUUACCACCUGUGCACACGUAGUGCCUGAACAGACUGCCACUGACUUGGUGACUCUGGACAAGGUAUCUAACCUCUUUGUACCUGCAGGGGAGUAGUACUACCACUUAUACCACUUUUAACUCCAACCCAAACUUUUGCAUAAAAAGCUAUUUAAUACGGAUCAAAUAAGCUUUCUAGAAAGCUUUUUAAGCAUCAGAGAGAGGUGCCAUGUAAAGUCCAGUAUUUCAAAGAUUUCUUGAGAGUGGAAGUAUCUUGAUUAUGCAGGGAAAAAAGCAUUAUUUGAAUGAGAAAAGUAUUUGUUUGCUGUAUGAAGCCAUAAAAAAGUAAAAUAUACAGUUCAGAAUGUAAAGUAGCAUACAGAAAGAUCUGGAGAAGAUAAUUCACCUCCACCUCCCAAACAGUGCUAUCUUAUUUAAAAGUGAUGCUUGAAGAAAGCAUUGCACCUCUCACUCUAGAGUCAUUACAACUAUUCUAGAAGUACACUUUACCAUGUAGCACUUGACCACACAUUUUCUGAACGCAAUAUUUAGCAAAUGGUAAGUGUCAAAGAACUGAGUUUUACUGCAUUUUGCCACUAUUCUCAAGAUUUGGAAAAAUAAUAAUUCAUAGGUCCUAAAUCAUCUAAGUAAAGUAACAUCUUAAUAAGCGCUUCUAUUUUUAGUGAUAAUAGCAAAAGAGAGUACUGGUAUUGCAUUGGUGAAAAAUAUUGUUGUAGCAAUCCUUCUGUCCAUGCCUUGCUUUAAGCAUGAUGGUUAUUAGUGGGAAGUCCAGGAUUUUUUCCCUGACUCUGCAAAAUCUGAAUGCCAACUGCACAGUUGGAAAAUAUAUCCUGAACUUCAUAAACAAAACUAACUUGUCCGUUACCUUGAACUAGAACAGUCAAGUACAUUGGGCUUAGCAGGUGUGGAACAAUACUGAAUUAAAAUAGUCAAGCCUUACAUUUGUAACAGAUUUUGGAAUUAGUAGCUCAGAAAUAAGUCUCAUUGAGCACACUAACAAGGUUAAUCACACCUGAAAUUACUAAAAUUAAGUGUUUAAAUUCACUAGUGGUAACAGCACGGCUAGAUCCUCAUCCCUUUCUCUGAAAAUGAAUUUAUACUCUUUGUUUAUCUUAAAACUUAAUUUAUUAUGUCUGAUUUUAACCACAAUCUGAAUUCUCAUUACAUGCUUUAAAAUAAAUAAUCUUACAUUUCAUGUUCAUAGGAAGGUCUUAAGAAGGAUUUAAGACCUUGAUAUAGAGUUUUAAAGUGUAUACAUUAUCUGCUGGAUAAGGUUAAGGCAGAAGAAGAGAAGGCGACUUUGUAGAAGUAAUUAAUUACAGUGUUCCAAAUGCUUUCCAACACUGAUGAAUUUUCGUUUUUACCAAAGAGGUAUGCAGGUAAUAGAGGAUAAAAUAAGCAUGGUGCUUUUUUUCUUUUUUUUUCUAAGCAAGAGUUGGGAAAAUUUCCAAGAGCUGGUUCUCUUAAUAAUGCUAACUCUUUAUAGGACUUGACUCCAUGAGGCUUAGAGCAGUCAUUUAAGUGUGAGGUGGAGGAGGUCAGAAGUUACCUCAGGUGGUACCGUCUUGCAGGAACAGAUUUUUCUUCAUUUUAUGAUCAAAGCGAUCGAGAUAUGACCAUGGAAUCUUUUAAAUCUUGCACCUUUUCAUAAAAAUUUUGCUUUUCAUUUUAGACUUCUGAUACAGUAUCACUGAACAAUUAUCUUAAAAUAUCUUGUCUCAGUCGGUUAUGAGAAGAAAGCAAACAUUCUUAUUCUUUAUGUAAUCACCUUCUUGCUGUAUGCCAAAUCCUCUCUUCAUUAUGAUUUGGUCACCACUAGAGUUGUGACCUCUUCAGGUGAAAUAAAGGUUUUUUUCUCUGCUGUGCCCUACUAGAGCACUCUCAGUUUUUUAGGAAGUACUAAGUGCUCACAGUAAAUGCCAGAGCAAAAAGUCAAGUGAAAAGUCUUCUGUCUCCAGAACAGGCAGGCUAAGGAAUGAGUAAAGUUACCCAUUGAGUCAAUCAAGACAAAAGGUCAGAAGAACGUCAUUACCAUUCUCAUUCAGUCCAAAACUGCUAUUUAAGAAUGCUUUUACUCAGUUACUUAAAUACUUACAUCUGUGCCUACGUUUUCAUAACUUCGUAACUUGUGCUCUAGUAUGGUAACUGAAGCCUGCAACAUACUUUUAUAUGUCAUGAAACAGUAAAAUGUUAGUUCAAAACAAACAGGUAAUGCCAAGAUCAUCUAACGGUGAGAAACUAUUUUCUGCAAGUCACUGGCCUAUUCUGUUCCCGUGAUUUAUAUUUAUUUUCUAAUGGCCCAGUAGCUGACUAGAACUGCGAGUAAAAGACAAAAAUACCAUUAACUCUGUCCCAUAGUCGAGGAUGUUGACAAAGAGUGAAUCGGUUCCCUCCGUCUCCCGGGGAGAUGGCUUGGACUCCAGCUUGGCCACUGUAGUAGAAGUGACAGAAAGCAAAAGGUUCUUUGCCUUGAUGGAGAAAAGUGAGAGUUUUAUCUGAAGCUACUUGUAAACAAUUUCUGUCAAAGCAGGAAAUUUGGAAAGACACGUGUCCCAUCUACCUGACCUUUGAGGCAUUUAGAAGUGUGCAGUAGUAGUUACUGGAAUUGUAGAGUAUAAGCAGUGGGAAAUUAGUGACUUAAAAAGGGAGAAGUAAACACCUCUGAAGGGUCUCUGUUUUCUCAAAUGUUAAUGUUAACUGGGUAUUUUACAAGGAUCUGAGCAUAUAAAAGCAGUAAAGGACAGAUGUGUGAAAGAAUACUGGAUAAACUAAAGGAAACUCUACCUCAUUCUUCUCUAAAGGUUUUGUAGAAGCACAAUUAAGCGCUCCUAACGGCAUUGUUACGUACAGACCAUCUGGCAUGAAAGAAACACUUUAUAUUUGUAUGUCUAUAAAUCCUGUAAUAACUGUAUUUUGCUGGCAGUAGAAACAGUCUAUACUAUUUGCAGUUUUCCUCAUCAAAUCUGUAAUUAUGCAAUGUUACUGUCUCCAAUAAAGGAUUUUAAUGGGCA